UUGCCAUUCCCGAGAGGUACUGUUAAAUAAGAGAGAAAGGAGAAACUUGCGGAUUAUCUGCGAGGGGUUUAAGAAAAAAUCGGGCAGCCCAAGAUAAAGAAGAGGGGAAACACUAAUAUUAACCAAACAAAAUUAGUAAUUGUCUGCAAAGGAAAUGGUUUCUGUAUCGACUUGGUUCCGUUACAUAGCCAACAAACUCGACUACUCUGUUUCUCUCAGCUAUAAGAGCUAUAAGGGUGGCUUAAUCAAUGAUAAAGAAGUCGUUGAUUCAGUUUGGAAAAAUCUACUUCAGGGAAAGUUGACCUUUUUACACUGGAAUAAAGGACAGGAAAUGGCCCCAACAAUUGGAGACCAGGGGGGGACCCUUCUUGUUCGCAAGUUACCAUCUGCUGAUCCAAUGCGUGUUUUUGUCGGAGAUGUAGUGCUUUUGAAGGAUCCUGAGAAGUCAGAUAACUUUCUUGUCAGAAGAUUAGCUGCUAUUGAAGGUUAUGAAAUGGCGUCUACUGAGGAAAAAGAUGAGCCAUUUGUUCUUGACAAGGAUGAAUGUUGGGUAUUGGCUGACAAUGAGAAGUUGAAAGCCAAGGAAGCCAAUGACAGUCGAAAAUUUGGUCCAAUUUCCAUGUCAAACAUAGUUGGCCGAGUCAUAUACUGUCUGCAAACAGCUGUAGACCAUGGUCCUGUACAGAACAGCCAUUUCAGCUCGAGAAAGGACUCUCCAGUGCUGGAGGUGGAAUUGGAUGUUGAAGAGAUGGCAAAACAUCACAAAGCAUAGACUGUGUCCACCAACACGCUGAAUCAUUUGGUAUGUACAUGCAUCAGUUUUUCUUUUCUGUUAUCCACCGUGGAUGUUUCUUCAGUUUUAUCUGCUACGGGAGGGAAAUGUGUUUACUGUUAUUUUUGGCCAGGUGUGGCAAUCGGAUAAUUGGGUCUUCCUUUGCAACCUAAAAGCAGGAAGCCGGAUUUUUUCAAUUUGGAGUUUCUACUUUAUUUGGUAUUGCGGUGAACAGUUUUGUAAUUUGAAAAUCAGACCAGGGAAAGAAAAUGGAAUCUUACGCAGUUGCCUUUCAGGCUGCUUGUGUUGGGAUUCUUGGCUUGCAGGCUGCUUGUGUUGGGACUCCUGUCUUGCCUUCAUUGCCACAUAUUUCGUUGCUAAGAUCUGGUUCUGGGACUUUAACAAUUGGAUAGUUUUUCUAACUUGAAAUAAAUUUUUGGCUGUUUAUGGAUA